GUCUUGGGAAAUAGGCACAACUGUCAAAACAAACGUGGAAGCGUGUUUGGUGUGUUCGCAGGUUUCGGUUCUUAAAUUCCCCGUGGAGUGCAAAAUUCAGGACUGGUUCAGCAAAGAAUUGUGAAAUAUGAAGCUUAUUACGUACAAUUUUCUAACUUCGAAGUGCAUUCGAGGUGUUAAAGUGGGAUACCCUCUGAAACUCAAGAUUGUCCAAAAAGAAGUCGUACAAACUGAUUUCAAUCCAGAAUUUAUCACUAGGCUACUGCCGCGUCUGGAUUAUCCCACAGUUCAUAUGGCAGCUGAACUGGUCGAUUGUGCCGAAGGAGUCCCAAAAGAGUUGGGUGAGAACUAUGCAGCUGAUCAGGACCUACUUCAAAAAUUGCACCACAUCCUCUUAGAGAUUGACAUCAUCGAAGGGCAACUGGAGUGUCCGGAGACUGGUAGAAUAUUUCCAAUAACACAGGGAAUACCGAAUAUGCUAUUGAAUGAGGAUGAGGUGUGAAUUUUAAGUGAUAAUAAACGUAAUUUUAAGUAUACAUCA